AUGUCUUCGACUUCCAGAGACGAUGUAGUAAUGGACACUGCAAGUGUCGAAAAGGCGUUUACAGACACACCUCCCAAUGAAGUCGAGCCCGUGGCUGCGGCCGAUGAAUCGAAGUACAUUACAGGUGUCAAACUCUACCUGAUCAAUGCUGGUCUUACAGUCUCUAUAUUCCUUGUGACUCUGGAGUCCACAGUCAUCAGUACUGCAAUUGUAGACAUUACCGACGAACUGGGCGGUUACGAGAAGAGUUCAUGGCUCUUUACAGCAUAUAUGUUGACAUAUUGCAGUCUUCAGAUGAUCUGGGCGAAACUAUCGGAUAUCGCAGGCCGAAAGUACACACUCAUCGCUGCACUACUCAUCUUUACCUUGUUCUCAGCACUUUGCGGAGCUAGCCAGACACUCAUACAGCUCAUUAUGUUUAGAUGGUGUCAGGGUAUCGGAGGCUGUGGUGUAUAUGCACUCACUCAACUGAUAUUCAUGGAGAUUGUUCCACAGAAGAAGUUGCCACAAUACAUGGCAGGUGUUAGCAUGGUGCUUGCGCUCAGCUUGAUCACAGGGCCGCUUCUUGGUGGCGGUAUCACACUGCAUGGAAGCUGGCGGUGGAUCUUCCUUCUGAACGUUCCUGUGGGAGUUCUUACUGCCGUCUCACUAUGCUUCACGCUUCCGAGGACGUUGUUCAACGAACCAGCUGCUCAGCAGACACAUCCCAUUGUCUCGAAGCAUUCUCUCCGUCGACUCGACUUCCUAGGUGCGACGUUGAUGCUGGGGACUCUUGUGCUGCUCGCUACCGGUCUUCAACAAGCAUCGCUAGACUACGCAUGGUCGUCAAACAAAGUUCUUCCUCUACUCGUCGCUUCUGUACCCUUCGCGAUCGCGUUCUUCAUGUGGCAAUGGUACGCAACGCAGCGUCGCACCAACCCAGAACCUGUUUUUCCUUGGCGCUUCUGUCAAAGUCGCAUACAGCUGGGCAUGAUUAUAAACACCCACCUCUCCGGCACAGUAAUGUUCGUAUGUAUCGCGCAAAUACCUCAACGCUACAUCACUGUGAAUGGCCUCUCCCCCCUCGCCGCCGCCGUCCGUCUACUCACUUAUGGCGCCUUCGUACCCUUUGGCAGUGGAAUCGCUGGAGCAAUGAUGGGCAAGCCCAGAAUACCGCCAUGCUGGAUUAUUCUCGCAGGCUCCCUGAUGGAGAUUCUCGGUAUUGCGUUGCUAGCACAGAUUGACACUUCGUCGCAUAUCGAUGCUAGUCAGUAUGCGUUCCAGAUCAUUGCUGGAACGGGGACUGGACUUGUCAAUUCUGGGCUUAUCAUGCUUGUGCCGUAUGCGAUGGAGAAGAGAGACUUGGCCGUCGGCUCAGCAGCUACAUCACAGUUCCGCACUCUGGGCGGUCUAGUCGGUAUCGCCAUUGUAACAUCCAUUUCUACGCCUUACAUUCGCUCCCACCUGACCGAUAUCCUUCCACUGGAACUUGCAGAAAGCCUGCUAGAAAGGACGGAGCUGGUGCAGCACUUGCCACCUGAUACUCUGGAGCGAGUGAGGAUGUUGUUUGGUGAAGCGUAUAACCUACAGGUCAAGGUGCUGAUUGGGUUCGCGGUGGCCAAGGUGCCAGUUACGGGGUUGAUGUGGACGAAUCUAAGGGUGGAGAGUAAGUGA